AUACUAACAAGCUCGAGUUGAAAUGUGAAAAUCAAACAAUGAAUGGAAUAACAAUGAAAGAUUUACGCUGAGCUUAGUAGUUUUAGAAACUUAUAACAAAAAACAAAACUUUCCUCCAAUAUUCACGCAAAAUCCAGCUCACAAACGAGGAAGGUAGGCAGGGCAAAGAACAAACAGCUUGCUACAUUCAAAGUAUCAAUUUUCCAGGUUUAGCAGCUUUCUAAUGUCAGGCUAACCUUCUAAACAGCCGAACAGGUUUACUGGAUAAAGCUUGAGUCAAAACAAUGCCACUCAAUUCAAAUUGAAAUACUGGGGGAGAUUAAGUCCUACAGGGCAUCUAUCCGUUGGAUGCUCUGUGUCACCCUUAAUAAAUCCUCUAUAGAGUAAUAAAUUAAAGGCUAGCGAACUCCUUAGAAGAAACUCUUGCACUCUUGCCAAUAAGUACUGACGCAAACAGGAGGCAGAUGAUGUGAUUUUAUCCAGGGGCAAGUAUCCAGAGCUUUUGUGUUAGCUAAAAGACAAAUGUGUGGUUUGCUGUUGGGUUUGGCUUAUUGCAAUAGCUAGUAGAACAAGGGUAUUGGUGUUUGUUGGAGAGGGAAGCCAGGCGUGGAAUAAACAGAUCUUGUGAAGAGAAACAUACAACAUUCCACUUCAAAAGCAGCCACUUGUAUGGAGUUGGAGACACCCUGUUAAGGCCAACGAAACGACUCAGAUGAAAUGCAGCUGGCCUAGGCAUUCACUCAAGACGGUUCUUCGCUGUUACCUUUAGCUGAUGGGGAAAGAAGAGAUCGAUAGGGUAGCAACUGGUUGAACAUCUUCGCAUUGCUUGACGUCAAAAACAAAGGUGCCUGAAACAAGAUAGCAACAUGCCUGAGAACCACAACGAAAGCGUGCCUUUAAAAGAAAAUGGGAUAGCAGCAGAAGAGGCUAUGGUGACAGCAAUUGUGAAACCGAGGCACAAGUGGACAAAAUAUCAGAAGCUGCACCUCGCUAUCACGCUUGUUCUUCUGGCUGUUUGCAUUGCUCUUAUCGGAAUUUAUGUCAUAGAACUCAGUUCACGAAAAGAUAACGAAUGCAAACGCGGAAAGAAAGCAACGGUAAAAGCGAAGCGAGUUUGCGAAAGCCCAGAAUGCGUUUCAAUAGCAGCCCAGGUGUUGACGUAUGCCAACCAUAAUGCAGAUCCGUGCAAGAAUUUCUAUGAUUACGCUUGUGGUGGCUGGACCAAUCGACGGUAUAUUCCAGACAGCAAGCCAUUUUGGGACACGUUUUCCGAUCUUAGUGAAUCUAAUGAUGAAUUGCUGAAAAAUUUGCUUACAAACAAAAAGCCAAAUGCAACUAGCCCAGCAGAAGGUCAGUUGUACAAUCUGUAUGCUUCCUGUAUGAACACAUCCGCUAUUGACGCGCUGGCAUUGAAGCCGUUGAGAAAUCUUUUAGAGAAGACGGGUUUGUUGGGUGCCUUGACUGGAACAUGGGAUGAAGCAUCAUGGGAUAUGAUAGAAACCCUUGUCAAAGUACAUUCCGUUUUUUCGCCGCUUGUUUACAUGGAGACCGAAAUUCCGCUCUUUGACAUACGAGUUGCAGUUGAUAUUCUCGAUUCUAACCGACAGAUCAUCAAAAUCAGCCAACCACGAGGUACAAUUCUUAGUUAUUCUGGAGGUAAUAACCAAGCAUUUGGUGGGGUUUUCGCUGAUGCAAUUGUAAAUGUCGUAAAACAGCUAGGUGGAAAAGACAUUGAUAAUGUGAAAGCUGACGUUACCAAAUUGGACAAUGAGAUAGAAAGGGCCUUAAUCCCAAAUGACCAGUACCGAAAAGUGCAGGAGAGUCGCAUCAAAAUCACCAUUAAGCAGCUGAAUGAAGACACUAACAAGACGUUUGAUUGGCUGAGGUAUCUGAAACUGGCAUUCAACAAUUCAGGAGUCCCGAUCACAGAAGACACAUCAGUCGCAAUACAACCUCUGUUAUACUUGAAAAGGAUUACCGCAGUUCUGAGUAAAGCAUCUAAAAAGACGGUAGCAAAUUACUUUAUUUGGAGCCUGAUAGCAGAAAUGAAAGACUAUUUGCCAACAGCAACCACAAAAGCGUUCUUUGCGGCUGAGAAACUCAGAACUGGCACGGAGAUUCAAGACCCCCGAUGGCAACGAUGUUUGCGAAAAGGCGAAGCAACUAUGGGGAUGGCACUUGGUGCUUUACUUGUCAAAGAUAAGAUAAGCGAUGCAGAUAAACAUGAGGUGGAGAAAAUGAUUGAAGAUAUAAAGAAUGCUUUUCUGACAAUUAUUCAAACCACUGAUUGGAUGGAUGAAGAAACGAGGAACAACGCAAUGAGAAAGGCUAGAGCUGUGAUUGGAAACGUAGCCUAUCCAUCAUUUAUCAAGGACCCAAUGAAGCUUGCCAACUACUAUCGUGGGAUUACUCUGAAAGAUAAUCAGUACUUCGAUAACAUGGUACAGCUUUUGAUGAUGGAAAAGAAGAGGGGCAUUAUGAAAUUGAAUUCCAAAAUGGACAGGCAGGAGUGGGAACUACCUCCAUCUUUGGUGAAUGCUUUCUACGAUUCUGGCAGAAAUAGAAUGGUCUUCAUGGCGGGAAUUCUGCAGUCACCAUUUUUUAACAGGAAUGCACCUAAGUCAAUAAACUAUGGUGGCAUUGGAGUGGUAAUGGGCCAUGAAUUGUCACACGGAUUUGACGAUCAAGGACGACUUUUCGAUGAAAGAGGUAAUUUGAAGUCGUGGUGGUCUGCACAAAGUGCCAAGUCAUUCAAGGAAAGAGAGAAGUGUAUCAAGAAACAAUAUGCAGAUUAUUCGCUUUUUGGUAUCAAUAUAAACACAAAUCUAACUCUGGGUGAGAACAUUGCAGACAACAGUGCAAUCAAAACGGCAUUUAAGGCGUACAAGAAAGUAGUGGAGCAGAGCGGACCAUCAAUGGCGCUACCAGGCGUAAAUAUGACUGACGACCAACUUUUCUUUUUGGCAUCGGCACAGGUUUGGUGUUCCAUUGAAAGACGCUUAUACACAGAGUCAAGCUUGAAGUUUGGAACCCAUUCUCCUGGUGUAUUCAGGGUCAGUGGGCCUCUAUCAAAUUCAGAAGAUUUUGCAAAGGCAUACAACUGUCCAUCAGGAUCACGUAUGAACCCUGUACAGAAAUGCAGUGUUUGGUAAUACUUAUGUGAAGGAACAUCGCUGUCUUCUUAUCAACAAAUGUGAGAAAGCUGAAACUUGAAUGCAGGCUGAUUUGAAGGCAUGUUUUUGAAGAUAUGACUUGGAAUAUUUUUAGGAACUUAACAGUUAGUAAAUGUGUAGCCGCUGGCCAAUAUAGACAUUGUGAUUCAAAUAAAUACAACUGUUUUUUG